UUCUUACGUCAAACACAGCCACUGCCAUGGAUCAUCACGAUCAUCAGAUCCCCGAGGGACCAAAAUUUCUCCAAUUGGACUCCUCUAUUUGAAGCUGGUUACUUAAGUCAACAACAGGCUCUACAGAAUCAAUUCGUGACUUUUACUAGCGAGGCUGAACUGCUGAACAUUCUUAUCUCCAUUGAUUUACAUUUACUAUUAGGACACAAGAUGAACAAAGAAAUAUCAGAAGCUGCUUAUGAUUGUCAAAGUUACACUUAUGAGGACAUACAAGAGAGUGGCAAUUUUUUGCUAAAAAAUACCAAAUACAGACCAUCAAUAGGAAUAAUUUGUGGCUCAGGCAUUGGCUCACUGGCAGAAUCACUGACAGACAAAGAAUGCUUCCCAUAUAAAAGGAUUCCACAUUUCCCAGUGUCAACAGUGAGAGGUCAUAUGUUUCAGCUGGUGUUUGGUCUCCUAGAUGGAGUGCCUGUCAUGUGUAUGCAGGGACGGUGCCAUUAUUAUGAAGGUCUUCCUAUCUGCAAGUGUGCAAUGCCUGUUCGUGUGAUGAAGAUGGUUGGGGUGAAGUAUCUGAUAGCAACAAACGCUGCUGGUGGCAUUAAUGAAAAUUAUAAAGUUGGUGACAUAAUGGUUGUCAAGGAUCAUGUCAACUUCAUGGGACUUGCUGGUGUUAAUCCUUUGAGAGGUUUUAAUGAUGACAGAUUUGGUUCCCGAUUCCCAUCAGUAAGCAGAGCGUAUGACAUUGCUUUGAGAGCACUAGCCAAGAAAAUUGGAACAGACAUGGGAAUUGAGAACUAUAUGCAUGAAGGUGUGUUGUCAUGUGCUGGCGGACCUAGCUAUGAGACAGUAACAGAACUCCGAGCAAUGAAACUUCUAGGCAUUGAUGCAGCUGGUAUGAGUAUUGCCCAUGAAGUUAUUGUGGCUUGUCAGAGUGGCAUGACUGUGUUUGCAUUCAGCCUGAUCACUAAUAAAUGUCCAACCACAUAUGAUUCUACACAUGUUCCUGACCAUGAAGAAGUGAUGAAAGUAGGAAACAGCAGGGAGAACAUGCUGAAGGAAUUUGUGUCCCGUAUGGUUCUUCAUAUGCAGUGCACCGAAGAAAAAUAAAUUUUCUUCAACCUGGUAUCUUCUCAUUAGUGUCACUAUCAUAGUGAUAUUGCUCAUGAAAAAGAAAUUGAUCCCAAGUGAUAAGGAUUUCAUAACAUUCUAGAGCUCUUUCUCAUAUUAAUUUUAUUUAUAAUCAGUAUAUAAUUACUUAACUUUAUCAGAUAAUUGACAAAUCACAACCCAGAAUUUUGCAGUGAUUAACCAGCUAUGUGCACCUUUAUAUUACUGUAAUGUUCAGUCUAUAAAGGUCUAUUAAUACAGGA